AAUUCCAGCGCUUUGACACAACACUAUCACAGCAAUUCUUCUGUUUCAUUUCGUUCUUUUCUGAAGCUAACAAAAACCAAUCUUUAAGUUAAGAAAGAUGGGAGCAGCCACAGUGGUCGAAAUUAUCUUGGCUAUCCUCCUUCCCCCACUCGGUGUUUUCCUCAGAUUUGGCUGUCAGGUGGAAUUCUGGAUCUGUUUAUUGCUGACAUUCCUAGGGUACAUUCCCGGAAUUCUAUAUGCCCUAUAUGUCCUCACCAAGUAAAUUUCGUUCAUUUUUAUCCAUCCACCUCUUCCUGCAAUCACUUGGCGUUGCCUGAUACUUUUGUCAUAAAGGAUGUUGAAGAUAUUUCUUUCUUUGUUAAUUUUCAGUAUAUAAGCAACUGUAAUAUGUGGUUUUGUCAAGGGCUCCCUGUAAUUGUGGUUUAGUUUGUGUUUGCUGUAAUGGGAUUCUUUUUUCUGGUGGGGUUUUGCUCAUAAUGUGUUGUUAAGAUCGGAUCCUCUUUUGCCAA